GCCACAUGCAUCGUUCCUCCUAUUUCUUUACCACAUCUUGAUACUGCUUUAUCAAACGCGCCGAUUCGUCGAGCCAAUAGUUGUGUAACUUCACGGCCUUUUCUUCAUAAUUGGAGAUCAUUGGGUCUUACUAAUGAAUUCGAUGAGGUUCGAGUGUCGGGCUCAGAGGAGAAGGACGAUACGCACUUAAUAGGAAGCAGUUACCCUCAUCAACCCAGGGAAGUUUUGUUUUCAGACGCUGAUGUCCUACCUACUUCUGUCGGGAAGUAUCUAUUUGGUGUCGGCUGGGCCGGUUCUGAUCAGAAAUAUGAAAAGAAAGAAAUGGGUAUGGAAGAAAAGGAUGAAGACUAUUCUGACGAGGUGACUGAAGGCUAUGAGGUGACACCUGAUUCUCCACAGUUGGAGGAUGGCGUAGCUGUCGAGGCCACAGCUCUGCUCGUAGUUACUAGUGAAGAGGGCGGUGCUCUAGGCGAGAAUCGUUUCGGUCGACUAUCGAAGAGUGCAGUUGGUGAUCUAUGGGUUGGUACGAAUACGGGCCACCUUCUUCGUCUGCCUUUCAUGGAAAUUAACUCCAAUCAAGGCAAGUAG